CCUCGCCGAACCCUGCUCUUUUUGCCUUCCCUCUCUACUCCGCUUGCCUCGAGACGCUUUCCCUCUUCGAAGUGUAGAUCCGAGAGCAAACCAGAGGAGACGGAGAGAGGAAGGAAGCAAGAAUGAAGGUGGCGACGGUGAUGGAAUCACUGAGGUGGCCUCGCUUGCUGGCUCUCGGUUUUUUAGUUCUCGUCGCGUGGUUUGGAGUCGAUCAGAUCGCUGCCUCGAGGGGAGGGAUGGCGGCGACGGAGGCUGCCUUCACGAGGAGGAACUUGCGAGAAAUCGUAGUAGCUAACCAGUCUUCCAAAACAGUGGAGAGUGUUGGGCGAGAUGUGGUAAUGGGCGCGGUCGACGAUCCGGAAUUGGUCGCAGCAGAGGUGCACAGGAUGAUCAACGACAGCACGGCUCGUCGGGAGCUGGGCUACUUGUCAUGCGGGACAGGGAACCCCAUCGACGACUGCUGGCGUUGCGACCCGGAGUGGCACUUCCACCGCAAGCGCCUCGCUGACUGCGGCAUUGGCUUUGGCCGUAACGCCAUCGGCGGCCGCAAUGGCCGCUUCUACGUGGUGACCGACCCCAGGGACGACGACCCCAUCAACCCCCGCCCAGGCACCCUCCGCCACGCCGUCAUCCAGGACGAGCCGCUCUGGAUCGUCUUCAAGCGCGACAUGGUCAUCACCCUCUCUCAGGAGCUCAUCAUGAACAGUUUCAAGACUAUCGACGGCCGUGGCACCAACGUCCACAUCGCCAAUGGCGCUUGCAUCACCAUUCAGUUCGUCACCAAUAUUAUCAUCCACGGCCUCCAUAUCCACGACUGCAAGCCCACCGGCAACGCCAUGGUCCGCAGCUCCCCUUCUCACUACGGAUGGCGCACCAUGGCCGACGGUGACGGCGUCUCCAUCUUCGGUGCCAGCCACAUCUGGGUCGACCACAACUCCCUCUCCAACUGCGCCGACGGCCUCAUUGACGCCAUCAUGGGAUCCACCGCUAUCACCAUCUCCAACAACCAUUUAACCCACCAUAACGAGGUGAUGCUAUUGGGCCACAGCGAUUCUUAUGUCAGGGACAAGGCCAUGCAAGUAACCAUUGCCUUCAAUCACUUCGGAGAAGGCCUCAUCCAAAGAAUGCCCAGAUGCAGGCAUGGCUAUUUUCACGUAGUGAACAAUGACUACACUCACUGGGAGAUGUAUGCCAUCGGAGGAAGUGCCGAUCCCACCAUCAACAGCCAAGGCAACAGAUACCUUGCUCCGGCAAACCCAUUCGCCAAGGAGGUGACUAAGAGAGUGGAAACCGGUACAAAUGUGUGGAAGAAUUGGAACUGGAGAUCAGAGGGCGACCUCCUAUUAAACGGCGCCUACUUCACCCCUUCCGGUGCAGGUGCCUCGGCUAGUUAUGCCAAGGCCUCCAGUCUGGGGGCCAAGUCUUCCUCCAUGGUCGGCUCCAUCACCUCCGGUGCAGGUGCUCUGCGCUGCCUUCGGCGUUUCCACUGCUGAAUAUUUGAUUCAUCAGCAUAUCGUAACUACCUUACACACUCCAACUACCCUUCCACAACGUAAAAGUUUUUAAGAAAAACAAAACAAAAAAAAGGGAAAAAAAAAAGUAAUUAAGUCCAUUUGCAUUCGACUGUGUCGCAUAGUUUUCUCUUGUCUCACAGUCAUUCCACACCGGUCGCUUUUACCCUAAUCUCGACCUCCCCUAUUUCCAGCGUAAGCCAACGCUUGUGGAGUGGGUGGAAGCGUUGCUGAUUAUAAUUCCUUUACUCCUUUCUUUCCGUUGAUUCUUCGUCUGGCUUUAGUUGAGUCUCUAGCUCUGGAAGCUUCUUCCAUUUCUUGAAUAUUUGAAUGUUGGUUUUUUUGUUCUCUAGUUUCCAGGUUGUGUGACAUUAAAGUUUACGUUGUUCUCUUAGGUUGCUUGUAAAAGACAUGCAGUGUCAUAGCCACUGAAUGAAAUAUUUUGAAUGAUAAUAUUUAGUUGUUAUA